AUGGCAGUGCCAUUUCGCAUCCACGUGCCCGAGGAGGACCUCGCAGAUCUCCGGGAACGGCUGGCGCGAGCCAGGCUGCCGGACCAGGUGCUGGGAAAGGGGCCCGGAGGGGCCUGGGCCUAUGGAUCCGACAAGGCCACGGUGCAGGAUUACCUCACAUACUGGCGCGACAACUUUGACUGGCGCCAGCAGGAGGCAAAGCUGAAUGCACUGCCACACUUCACGAUGAAGGUGCGCGGCCUGCAGACUCACUUCAUCCACCGGCGCUCGGAGGACCCGGAGGCCAUACCGCUGCUGCUGGUGCACGGCUGGCCGGGCUCCGUGGCGGAGUUUGUCAAGGUACUGCCCAUGCUCCGAUUCCACGUGGUGGCGCCCUCCAUCUGCGGCUACGGCUGGAGCGAGGCGCCCCACGAGCCCGGCGCGGACGUCGAAUUCAUGGCGGACCACAUGGCAGAGCUUAUGGAGCAAUUGGGUUACCGCCACUUCGUGGCCCAGGGCGGGGACUGGGGCUCCGCCAUCACCACGUUGGUCGCCGCCAGGUUCCCGGAGCGCUGCGUGGCGCUGCACCUGAACAUGUGCGUCCCCGUGCCGCCGGACUGGUACAGCGGCAUCAAGGCGCUGCUGAGCAUACCCCUGUGGAGCCGCGAGGAGUGGCGGGGCCUGCGCAGCACGCUGCGGCACAUGGCCUUCGGCACGGGGUACAUGUUGCUGCAGGGCACCCGGCCUCAAUCUCUAGGUUAUGGGCUGAACGAUAGCCCGGUGGGUCUGUUGGCCUGGUUCCUCGAGAAGUUCCAGUCCUGGAGCGACUGCGAACACGGGCGACCGGAAGACAGCGGCAUCAGCAUGGACGAGAUCCUGACUCAUGUCAUGAUCUACUGGACCACGCAGAGCAUCACCUCGAGCUGCCGGCUGUACUAUGAGACCCUUCCCCUGCACUCGGGCGCCAAGCCGCUGACGGGCAGCUAUGUGACGGUGCCCACCGGGGUGAUUUGGGCCAAAGACAUCUUCCUGCUCCCCCGCAAGGUGGCUCAGCAGGUCUACGUGAAUUUGCGGCACUGGAGCGUGCAGCCCAAAGGGGGCCACUUCUUUGCCUCGGAGCAGCCCAAGCUCUUUGCGGAGGACCUGCACCGCUUCUUCUAUGAGGUGAUCGACUUUCAAAGCUGCCUUCGAUCCGCUCACGGGAGAACGCCCUUCCAGCCAGGCAGAUACCUCCUCCUGGGCCUUGCGGCCUUGUCCGGCUUCCUCGUCUCUGCCUCGGCGGUGCGGCGGCUGAGCUGGCGGCUCACGCCCGCGUGCGAGGGUGUGCUUGCGCUGCAGCUGGAUGGCAAGAACGGAAUUUGUUAUUGCUCCGAUGCCGCGGGGGACAUUAGCGCCUGGCGGAUCAAUGUCCCUGCGGGCGAGCUCCAGCUACUGCUGAAGCAGGCCAAUUCGCACAGUGGCCGCAUUCUGGCCUUCAGCUUGGAUCCCGUGUCGCAGCUGUUGCUGACAGCAGGUGCUGACAGAACCAUCCGUAUGUGGCGCCUGGUGGGUGAGGGGCUUCAGCUGGUAAGCUCUACCUCGGAGUUCUUCGUCAGCAGCGUGCUUGGGCUGGCCUAUGAUGCCACCACAGGCAUCGUCUUCGCCGCCAAGAUGCAGGGAGGUGUCAAGGCGUGGCGCCAUAGCGGGGAGGCCCUGCAUCCUUUGCCCUUAGACAGCGAGGGCAGCGAGGGCAACUUGGUGAUGCACUUCGACGCCGCGUCCCAUGUGAUGGUGACCGGAGGCCUGGACGGGUCGGUGCGCGCCUGGCGCUUGCAGCAGGCCGCAGUCAAGGCGUUGCACACGCAGCCGGCGCACCAGGGCUGGAGCCGUGCCAUGCACUACGACGUAGCUUCAGGCUAUGUCGCGAGCUGCGGGGAUGACGGCCAUGUCAAGGCCUGGAAGUUGGAGGGCGAGCGCCUGCAGCCCAUGGGCAGCGCUGCGCACGCGCACCCUGACGGCGCCCGGGGAGUGCUGAUCCGAGGCUCAGGGUCAAAGAUGGUGCUGAGCUGCGGGGACGACGGGGUCCUGAAGGCUUAUGCCAUGAAGCCUUGGGGCUUGCAGCCGGAGACGACCUACGAGCAGAACAGCCCAGUCUUCAAUCUGGCCUAUGUCAGUCCCACGCAGCGGCUCUUGAGCUGCAGUAUGGACGGGGUGCUGAAGACCUGGCAACUUCGCGACCACGGCCUCGAGCUUGAAGCUGAAUCUCCGGAUGCCUUGAAGCUUCCGACCCUGUCCAUGAAGUAUGACCCUGGCAGCCGAACUGCCUUCACUGCCGGCAUCGAUGGGGACAUCAGGGUAUGGAAGAUCGAGGAGAAGCGGAUCGUCCGCCUGAGCGCCAUGGACAAUGCCCACGAAGGCACCAUCCGAAGCCUUCAGUACGACCGCCCGAGCCGUGUGCUGGUCAGUGCUGGCGAGGAUGGCUCACUGCGUGCCUGGCGGCUGAAGGAUGGGGAGCUUCGAGCGCUGGCCACUUUGCGCGAAGCGCUGGCCUGCGAAAUCCAUGCAAUCGCGUACCAUGGCCCUAGCCGUGUACUUGUUGUUGCCAGCGCUGACACCACCCUGAGCGUGUGGGAGAUGGCCGGCAAAUCUUUCCGACAGAGUUUUAAAGUCGACGUUGCGCAUGAAAACGUGAUCAACGCCAUGCACAUGGACGGGGAGAGCAUGACGCUGUUCACGGGGUGCCACUCGAUUCGUUUCUGGCAUCUUGCAGAGUCCAAGCUCAUUGAGCUCCACUGCUUGAUGUAUCCCUUCGGACGGUCUCAGUCCGUCACGGCGCUGCGCUUCGCCCCAGAGCUCGGCUUGCUGUUCGGCGGCGCAACGACAGGCACUCUUCGGUGCUGGCACUACGCUUCCGCAGAUUGCAUCACCCCGGUUCUGAGAGUCGAGGGGGCCCAUCUGCGCGGCACCGUGUCCAUUAUCCUGGAUUCGGCCAAAGAGUUGCUGUUCACCGGCGGCAACGACAAGACCCUGAAGUGCUGGACGCUGAGAGGCAGCAAGUUGCAGUUCCUCUGCGUGGCCAGGGAGUUGGGAAAGGGCAAAGUAUUUACCGCCUGUCCCAAGCAAGCAGAAACAGGCCGUGGCUCGGUGCUAGACUCGAGCCUCGACUCGCGUGCUCCAAGCUCUUCGGGGUGA